AAGAAACCUGACACUGCGCGCACUGAGGAUGCGCAGAAGAGAGAAGCGUGAGAGAGGAGGCGAGUGAAAACUUUCACCAGUUGAAGCUGAAAGCGCCGCUGAUUCGUGAAUGAAUGAUAAAUGUGGAAUUUUUUUCUCUGGAUGCUGUAUAUUUUCAUUCUGCAGAACUGGUCCUGUGGGCGUCAUUAUCACACACAGUUCACACCUGCAGUGAAGCUCCACCCACAACAAUUCACUAAUAAAUACUGGGAAUAUUCACACCAUCCUACAAGAGAAGGACAAACUCCAGGAGUAGCAGCUGAAAUCUGUGUGACUGUCAAAGAUGGAGUUUAUUAAAGAAGAGAUUGAAGACAUGAGUAUUUCAGAACCAUCUACAAUAAAACAUGAAGAUACUGAGGAACCAAUAGAUCAGAUGAAAGUGAAACAGCAAAGAAAUGAAAUGGAGGAAAUUGGGGAGGAACAUCAUAACUUUAACAAAACUCAAGGAACAAAAGCCAAAAAACUGCACAUCUGCUCACAGUGUGGAAAGAGUUUCAGACAAAAAGGAAACCUUAACAAACACAUGGCAGUUCACACUGGAGAAAAACCAUUUACAUGCUCUCAGUGUGAAAAGAGUUUUUCUCGAGCAUCAAGUCUUAAUACACAUCUGUUGCAUCAUUCAGGAGAAAAAUCAUUUAACUGUGAUCAGUGUGAUAAAGAUUUUAUUUUGUCAUCACAACCAAAAAAACAUCUGAAAGUUCAUUCAGAUGAGAGACCUUAUGUGUGUUCUCUCUGUGGAAAGAGUUUUUCAUUUCCUGAUAGUUUUAAACUGCACCAGAAAACACAUAAUGAUGUGAAAGAUCAUGUGUGCUUUGACUGUGGGAAGAGCUUUACUACAUCUGGUGAAUUGAAACGGCACCAAAGAAUUCAUACUGGAGAAAAACCUUACAAGUGCUUACACUGUGACAGGAGUUUCACUAUGUCUGGAAACCUGAAAUCACAUGAGCGACUUCAUACUGGAGAAAAACCUUACAAGUGCUCAUAUUGUGAGAAGAGUUUCAGUCAGUCUGGAAACCUGGAAUCUCAUGAGCGAAUUCAUACAGGAGAGAAGCCGUACCACUGUACUCAGUGUGGAAAGAGUUUCACACAAAAAGGAAGCCUUAUGACACACAUGAGAGUUCACACUGGAGAGAAACCAUUUACAUGCACUCAGUGUGAAAAGAGUUUUUCUCGAGCAUCAUCUCUCAGUGUUCAUCUGCUCCGUCAUUCUGGAGAAAAACUAUUUAACUGUGAUCAGUGUGGUAAAGAUUUUACUACAUUAUCAAAUCUAAAACAACACCUGAUAGUUCAUUCAGAUGAGAGGCCUUAUGUGUGUUCUCUCUGUGGAAAGAGUUUUUCACGGCUGGACAGUUUUAAAUUGCACCAAAAAACACAUGAUGAAGUGAAAGAUCAUGUGUGUUGUGACUGUGGGAAGAGCUUUACUACAUCUGGCCAUCUGAAAUGGCACCAACGAAUUCAUACUGGAGAAAAACCUUACAAGUGUUCAUAUUGUGACAAGAGUUUCACUUAUUCUGGAAGCCUGAAAUCACAUGAGCGAGUUCAUACUGGAGAACGACCUUAUAAGUGCUCUUAUUGUGACAAGAGUUUCACUAAGUCUGGAAACCUGCAAUCUCAUGAGCGAGUUCAUACUGGAGAGAAGCCGUACCACUGUACUCAGUGUGAGAAGAGUUUUAAAAGUACCAAAGCUCUCAGUAUUCAUUUACACAUUCAUUCAGGAGAAAAAUAAUUUAACUGUGAUCAGUGUGGUAAAAAGUUUAUUUCAUCAUCACAUUUAAAACAGCACCUGAAAGCUAAUUUAGUGAACUAUAUGUGUGUUCCUACUGUGUUUUUUUUAAGGCUGAACAGUUUAAAAAAAAAAAAAAAAAAAAUGAUGUGAGAGAUCAUGUGUGUUGUGAGAGUACGAAGAGUUUUACUAUAUCUAAGUUACUAGAUCAAAGAAUUCGUACUGGAGAAAGUUUUAAACUAAGUUUGAAACAUUUAUCAUCCUUCAAACUCAUAGAAAACAUUGCAAGUGAGCAGCAUUCGUUUUCUUGUCAAAUAUUUUAAAGUAAAUUCUCUGAAAUAAAAUAUGGAGUUUUUACUAAAAUCAUCUAAUUUUGGUGAAAUGCUUGGAAAACUAGAAAGUUAACAGCUCUCACAGUGUAAAUAAAGUCGUUGUAGUUUUAUUUUGUGUCAGGAUGGAUUGUGUGCCUAGCUGGUCUUACUUGAAUAAAAUAUAUUCAUGUACUUCA